AUGGCAGCGGUCGACUACGUGUUCAAGACGGUCAAUUAUGGCACCGAAACGGUAAACCUGACAGCCACUGUGCAUUUGCCCAAAGACAUUACCUCAGUAAAGGCAAUUGCGCUCUACUUCCACGGAGGUGGCUACAUCGUUGGUAGCCGAGCAAUGCUACCAGCUACACAUAUCGAAGCCCUGAACGAAAAUGGGUUCAUCGCUGUAUCUUCGGAUUAUCGUCUUGGUCCUACCAUCUCCGUCCUGGACGGACCAGUCAGCGAUUCAGUGGCCUCGUAUGAAUGGGCACGCAACGAGCUUCCCACACUGCUGGAGAAAGAGCAUGGCAUCCGAGUAAAUGGCAAAAACAUCGUCACCCUCGGUCACUCUUGUGGUGGAGGCCUUGCAUUGUUGAUGGCUUCUCGCCCCAACCCACCUAAGGCCAUCCUCGAUCUAUUCGGCUUCAAAUACCUCCGUGAUCCAUUCUAUCAUACCGGCACGAGCACUCAGCCCCAACCUGGUGCACCAGCUCCACCCUCCACCGAAUUCAUCAACCAAGUCUUCAACGAAAUUCCCCCCGCCAACUGCAGCACGUCCUCCAUUCGGAAGGGGACCCAAUUUGACACAAUCAUCGCUGAGGAUGAGUAUGAUCUUGUAGAUCCAGAGAAAUUGAUGAAAACUUCUGGUUUCCCGCCGACAUGUUUCGUUCAGGGAACGAAAGAUGUCGUUGUUGAUGCGAAGUUUUCUCAGUGGGCUUAUGCGGAACUGCAGAAGAAUGGUGUGCAGAGUGAGCUGUAUCUUGUUGAGGGCAUGGCUCACGGGUUUGAUGCGAGGUUGAAGCGUAAUGAUGCUGCCUUUGCUUCUAUCCAGAAAGGAGUGGAAUUUCUUGCGCGGUUUGUUGUAGGACAAUAG